AUGUCUGAGUUCAAUCAUCAUAGUGAAAACGAUGGUGGAGCCUCCUUGUUGCCAUUACCCUCUCAAAACCUACAUCUUUCGAGCUCGUCUAUGCCUCUCUUCGAUCAAAGCCAGCUCGCACCAUAUGGCAUGAAUCCAAUGAAUGCAACUUUUAGUAAUGUUUUCUUUUAUGAAAACUUUGAUAUGGAGAUCCCUUCAAUCCAAUCAUCCUUUCAAGCAAUCACACCAACUUCUUCCUCGACCAACGAGAAUGAUCACAUCAUGGUGCCAUCAAAUGGUGAAGAAGACAACUACAAUGUAGCUCCAAAAUUAUGCUCAGAGAGAAAUAAUGGAUUGUUGCAAGAUGUUGCGGGACAAUCUAGAGUUUUGUUAAGGUCUCGACUACCUUCUAAGGAAGACAAACAAACAAAAGAUGAUCAAUCUGAAUUCGAAGGAAGAAUCAUGCACGAUAACGUGAUUUCCAUGAUGAACGUCCCUGACAAUACUGUGAAUUUGGAUUCAGUUCUUGGAUCAAGUCAUAAUGGUAAGACACAUGUGGAUGACUCGAGUUCUGGCUUCUCGUCAAUUGAUGUGGGGGUUACAUCACAAGCUCAUGUGUUCGAGGACUUAAACAUGAUGGACGAUGAUUUCUUCAGUUGGAUAGACUUCCAACCAACUGGACCUCCUCAAGAACUAAAUUAG